GUUUCCCAGCCCGCUUGGAGCUUCUUCUUCACCGCCAAAUUCAAACAACAGAAGGCUCGUCGAGUCUUCCACAAAGUGCUUCUUUUAAGUGUUGUACGGGUGUUUUCUUUCAUAAUGGAUGGUGUGGCAAAAGCCGUACUUGGGAUCUGGCGGGCCCAAACGACCCCGGACGAUUCGGAUGCCCAGAGCUCCCCCGAGGCUCCUGAAGGCUUCCGCAAGCUAUCCUCCUCAUCCUCCCUCAACUCGCUGCGCAUUUCCCUCCGCAAGCGCCUCCCGCUGCACGCCGUUCAGUCCAAUUCCCUCCAGAAGGAUGCCGGUGGGGAGCCCACCAAGGAGCAGCCCAAAACCGACGCCGUCCGCCAGCUGACACGCCGUGCUCGGAACUCCAUCGGGGGCGUGGUUCAGAAGUUGCAAAGGAACAGGGAGUUCUCCCGGGACCAGUGCUUGGUGGCGACACCGGGGCGUAUCAACGAGGGGGCCGACUCUCCCUCGCCGUCCAUCCAAACCCCAAGACGCACCGGCAGGUCCGCGGCCAGGACUGGACGCACACCGAGCUCCAGAGGAAAGCAGGACAACGGCGUUCUCGGGGUGAAGCACGGAGGAAGAAGGCAGCUGGUUCGCAUGGCGGCGCUGCGAAGCCCUUUUGCUUCUCCCAACAUGAAGAACCAGAAACCGAAGUUUGAUCAGGAUCUGGACUCGGUCUCAAGUGGACUCCGCAGGCUUAAACGUCUAUCGAAGGCCUUUGAUGAGCUCAUUGGAAGAGACGACAAGUACAACACAAUGGACAAGAGCGGUUCUUUGACAUACAUGACGACGACGACGACAACGACCAUAGUGAUGAGGAGGAAAUUGGACCCCAGCGGGAAACUCAGCCGCUCCAACCUGAGCCACCAAGCCUCACAGGCGUCGCAGCGUUUCGGUGGAUGGAUCCAAGCCGUCCGCAAAUGAGGCCUUCAAUAACGUCAUCGUAAAGGAUCUUUCAGAUAUACCGUGUUAUAGAAACCGGAUGGGUUACUUGCCUGUUGGCAGUGUCGUGUAGUUACAUGUUUCUCGAAGCUAAUUAGUGGUCACUGUUGGUCAAUUUAAGUAUAGCUAACGAAAGUGGAUUUGUUUUUGUGAUUGUUCUUCCUCUAGCUGCUACAACCAAAUGUAUUAGUUACAAUGUUCUUGAAACACUUUAGUCAAUUCUUUACUGUAUUUUUUAAAUGAAUGAGACCAAAAUUGUACCCGUAGAACUAACACUAAUUUGUAUGCAUAUGCAAUAAUGAUAUUGAUAUUUGUCUCACUUGGUUUUAUAGUAUUAUCCAUAUGAAUGUGCCUCUUUAUAGUUUCUAGAGGGGUUUUUUCUCUAUGCCUGUGAGAUAAGUAAAAUGUGACCUGUGGGUGAUUCGUCUUAUCUACUUGUUCUGUAAUGUGAUUUGCAUGAUUUACUGUUUAGAAUGAGGAAAUACGCCAUUUCGAGCAUCCAAGGACAACCUUUCUAAUUACAGAAAGGGGGAAAACUUACCAAAUGUGAACUAAACUGCCAUUUUAUAGUAUAUGCUUGUGUUUUUUUUCUAAUAAAUGCAUUUAAUAGAUUGCA